AUGGGAAAACACUAUAUUGUAGAUGAGAAAUCAUAGUGUCAUGAAGCAGAAUAUGCCAUUAAAAAAGGAAUAAAUGUAACAUUAUCAGCACAGAAUCUCAUGGAUUGGAUUGUAGGUUUGGUGAAGUAGGAGGAGGAGCAUGAGAUGAUUCAUGGGAAUUUCAUGAAACUACAAGUGCAUAUAUGUAUGCGAGAAAUUAAGGGAUUUUAACUGAGUCUGAAUAUCCAUAUACUGGCAAAUCCCAUAGCUGGUGUAAAUACUCAUGAUUUGCAUCAUGGAGUAUUAUAUCGUGCAUUAAGCAUGACGGUGUAAAUUUGUGUUUUUACUAUUCAUUACGAGAACAUUCUUUAUAAGUAAUAGUUGAUGCUAGUAGAUGGUAAUCUUAUAGUUCUGGAGUAUUAUCUGUUUGUAGUUUUAUAUAUAAAAAAGCAAAUUACUUUUCAUUAGUUAUUGGUUAAGAUGGAUUUGAUAAUUGGAGAGUUCAAGCAUCAUUUGGAAUAUCUUGGGGAGAAUUUGGAACUAUUAGAUUAGCAUCAGGAAAUACUAGUGGUCUACAAUUGUUUUUUUGUAAGAUUGUGGCAUAAAAUAAAUUUUCCCAUAUUUACAUGCAUAAUCAAAAUUGCAAAUUAUAUGUUUUUGAAAAGGAAUUUUUAUUUUUUUAUAAAAUACCAUAAUCAUUAAAUCAAUUCUAAAACUAUAUUUAAAAAAAAAAAGAAGUUUUGUUUUAUAUAUAAUUCAAUAUUAUUUAAAUUUCAAUUUUAAAACUAAAAAUAAUUUAAUUUUUAUAAUUAUUAAGGUGAUCAUUAUAAUAAUAGCACUCAAAAGAUAAUUAAUUAAAAUUUUAUAGAUUAUUAAAAAGAUCAAUUUAAGGUAUUCUACAUACUGUUUUAGUUAAGCUUACCCAAAAUUUUCUUUUUUUACUUAAGUCUAUUUUAAUUCUAAAGUAAUUAUUUUUUGUUUUAAAUUACUUAUUUUUAUCAAUUAUUUUUACUGCAAUCUCUUUCUCACCAUAAAAAAUUAUCAUGA